CGAGGACCACCUGACGGUAAGACCGGUCUAAAUGGAAGCAGCGGAGGAAACUCUCACUUACCGAGAUGACACCGGACUUCACAGGAAGCUGCUCCCUGAGGACAAGCAUAAGGACAAGAUGGACAGUAAGGGCCACGCCACCGAGACAAAAAGCGACGAGUCCAACUAUGUGGACCUGGACAUGAAACCGGACGGCGCCAAAACAGUGAAAGUGACUUUCACUGGCGAGGGAAGUCAGCUGUCUGUUAAGAAGUGCGACAGUUCGAAGCAAGAGGAGCAUGACAAUGAGGGUAAAAUCAUUUCAGAGGACUUUGUUGAAGAGCAGCUAGAGGACGGGCCCGUUUCGCGUGAGCCUCCUUUGGAAACUCCGACCAAACUUAACACCGACCAGGACCCGGAGACUGAAAAGCAGCGCCAGGCCGAGCUCGACCCGAGUGACUGCAGUGAGCAUGUGCGCAGUGAGAGUGAUGAGCUCCAGUACACGGACAUGUAUCUGAACAGCAAGACGGAGUCUGAUGAUGGUGCCAGCGCGGUGCUGUCCGACCACUACGGCUCGGACACCGUGGAGGACGAGUCUCACUAUAUCACAACGCAUGAAAUCCAGCUGACCGAGCUCGACCACGACGUAGAUUACGACCUGGGGCGAGGGACCUGUUGGGAUUUUGAAGACAACAACCUGGUUUAUUCCUUUGUGGAUUACGCGUCUUUCGAAAGUGACGAGACGCAGGAGGGGACUUUGAGACUGGAGGGCAGGAGCCAGGCGAAAAUUCAGUCUAAUCUUGGUGGAGCAGUUGUCAGCACCGAACAGGAUGACAGUGAUCUUUGUGACUCGGACAAAUGCGCAAGCUCAGAUGAAAGCGUGUGCAAAAACCAAAGCGGAGACGCUAAUGCGGGGAAAAUUCAGUUAUCAAUAAAAACAUCCUCCAGGGCGGUGAACGAACCUGUCAACAUCUUUGACAACAGCACCUGUGGGUACACAAAACACUUCAGAGACAGGAGCCAUUUCUCUUUUGUGAGCUCUGGCGCCAGAGCGGGGCCCUUGUGCGAUAGAGCCCAAUAUUUCAUCCCUGCUCCGGGCCGUCAGCACCUUGCAACCAAACUAAGACGGAAAGAUAUUAAUGAGUAUUCCAGCGGAGCGUCCAGUUCCAUCAGUGAGCUGGACGACGCUGAUAAAGAGGUGCGUAAUUUAACCGCCAAGUCUUUCCGGAGCUUGGCAUGUCCAUACUUUGAUGCCAUUAAUCUUAGCACCUCUAGUGAGUCCUCGGUGUCGGAAUAUGGGCUAAAUAAAUGGUCAGCGUAUGUGGACUGGAAUUAUGGAAACAUAUCGCGGGGGAGAGAACGGAGUGUAAUUGCGCACAAGACUUCCAGCGCAACAUUGGAAAUGAAUAAAAUUGUGGACAAUAAGAGGCAUGACAAGUAUAUUACUGACAUGAAAGCGCCACAUACCAAAACCUACGCACUGAACAAGAAGACAACUUCUCAACAAUCUUCCUCUUCUAGCAAAAAGAUUGAACUGAAACACCCUCUUCAUUCGAAGCAGCGUGGAGUCACCCUGAAUUUCCGCUGUAAUGUUGAAGCGCCUGAAGGCACCAGACGUCCAAAAUGCUCGAAGAAAACACUAUCCAAUGACGUUACUGGGACUGUGUUGGCCAGGUCAGGGUGUGAGACGCAGUGUCAUCACACAGAUAGUUCGGAGGAUACACACAAAAGGGCCGUUUUUGCAUCAAGUCUGUUGAAAAAUGUGAUUUCAAAAAAGAUGCAGUUUGAACAGGAGCGCAAAAUGGAAAGGGGCGAAAUUUGUGACACAUACCCAGCACUCUCCCCGUGUUUUCAAUACAAAGAUCACGAGGGGACGAGAGAAAGGAGUCAAAGAAGAGGCCUCCAAAGACAGACAUCAGAAUCAGGCUCAGGACUCACUGUUAAUUCUUCUGAUGAUCAUCACCUGGAGGGCAGCAGACCCAACUCCUGUGAGCCUGCAGAGGAGCAGGAAAGCAAUACAGCACCAUGUGAUCCAGAAAAGGGACACCAUGAGCCUCCUAAAGCACAGCUUGGCCACAGUCAAACUAGUGCAUUUAAUUCACUGAAAGAUGAGCCAAAACCUGAAAAUGAGACUGAACCCACAUCUGAAAGUGACACACAGAACCAAGCGAAAGAAAUAUUAGACACUAGCAGCAUGCUGACAAAACUUCUUUUUGUUCCAAGCUGCCAGCUCCUUUCAAGGGAGAAGGAUUUUACAGGAGACUUGCCAAACCGUGCGCCUGUCACAGGCGCACCUGCUGGCCCACAUAAAUGUGAAAAAGAGUUCAAAACAGGCAAUAAUGGAAACAUAGUAGGCAAAGAAGAAAACGAGAUGGGGGGGAAAACCCCUGAGAUCAAAAUAUGCCUGAGAAGUGUGAAGGAAAAUAAAGGCUGUACACUAAAUAUUGCCAACCUGUUAACCCCUAAAAUAAGUUAUAACACUGUCAACACAUUCAGGGGAGCAGGUGAUGCCAAAUGCCACAUUUUGUCUGCUUCAGAAAAAAUUCCAAACUUUACUGUUAGAGAUAUAAGAGACACCAAAUGCAAGUUUCAAACACCAAUAUAUCAUGUCAGAGAUGUCCGUAAAUUGGUCAAAAGUUCAUAUCGUUUUGUUUCUUUGGAUAACAGUGACAGUAAAUGUUCCACAGCAGCUGAUAAACCUGAGGAAAAGGCCACAAAGGAGCCAGUUAAGCAUUUAUUACCAUCUCCAAUUGUCAUUAAAUGUCACUCUGUAAAAACAAAUGUUAAACAACAGACAGCUGAGGUGUCACAGAAACAGGCAGAGGCAGGCAUCCCAUCUGAAACAUCUCAAAGUGAAAAUACACCGUCACAUUGCACAACUAGCAGGGCACCACCUGUAUGCAAGCAGCUACACCCUGACCACUCAGACAUUCAUUCAAAUAUUGAAACCAAACAGACAAAACAGAGGCAGGAAAAGUUUGCGGGUGAGCCAGCUGAAAGGAGAAAUGAGCCUAGAGUGCCAAAACAGGCUGCGUUAGAGAAGCUUAAAGCUGCGGUCAAAACAAUGGAGCAGCUUUAUGUUUUUGAUAGAAAUGAAUGGAAGCGUAAAACUCAAGCUCCACAACCAAUCACAGGCAGUCAUGUGCUGUCACUUAUUGCCAGCGAGGAGCAGGGAGCAGAGGAGCUGGAGAUGACAAACACUGACAGGAUUCCCCAGUCUCAGACAAACACCACAGACACAUGCAAACAACGGGAAGAUAAAGGAGCUCAGAGUAUCAUACAUAUUCCGUAUAACAACGACACAUUUAAAACACAAUCACAGCAAAGCAAAACAUUUAGAAACAAAAGUGUCCUUCAUGUUGGCAAUAAGGCACAUGUCAGCAUUAAUUCAGCAUUUAGUAACCCUAUUCCACAAAGCUCUGCGCUGCAAACAUCAUCGAUUAUGAAAAGCCACAAGACACCGGUGGCUCCACUGUCUGUGAAAAUAGAGCCCCCGAAGCACAGCCAGGUGGAGCAGGGAAAGGUCAAAAUCAUUCCCACUAAUCCCUCUGCCGCACAGGCCUGCGCAGACUCUGAGAACUAUCUAACCAUACCUGGGCUGGGGCAUACAAAUGAAAUCAAACUGCUGAAUCCAGAGCCUGUUUCAAGGGAGGUGAGGUCAAACGAUACCCAAAUUCAAACAGGUCACAGCAUGACGCCUGAGCAGAAAAGGUCUUCGUUAAUCAUGGAGUACCCAGCUUCAAGCAUCUACCAUCGCUUGGGGGCAACAAAGGGGCCUCAAGCAACACAGCAGAUGUUAUGUUUCUCUCCCUCUAUCCCGGCUGUGUCACCGACACCUUCUACUGGAGAGACAGUCCCACAGACCCAGCGCAAGAUGCUUUUAGACCCCACUACAGGACAUUAUUACCUGGUGGACACUCCCAUACAGGCCACCACAAAGAGACUCUUUGACCCUGAGACAGGCCAGUAUGUGGAUAUACCCAUGCCCCAUUCUCCUGCAUCACCUGUCACGCCUGUCACCCCUGUGCCUCUGUCUCUGUCCCCCCUCGCACUGAGCCCAGCAGCAUACGCACCCACCUACAUGAUCUAUCCGGGCUACGUCCCCUCGCCCACUCUGCCAGCCCAGGCGCUGUUGCCACAGUCACCGUGUCACUCUAAGGAUGCAGGUGGAGAAAGGGUAAAAAAUGCCAGAAGCCCUAAACCAGAAACUGACGCAGCAGGCACAGAGAGUGUGUAUUACAGUGCAACAGGUGAGACCCCACAAGGGCCACUUCAGCUACCUGUGAGCUUGGGACAUGUGACCGCCAGAGGAGGUGCAGCAAGCUCAAACAGGAAGCCAGUCAUCAGCAUCACAACGCAACAAGGUCCAAGAAUCAUUGCCCCACCCUCCUUUGAUGGGACAACAAUGAGCUUUGUGGUGGAGCAUCGGUGACCAAGGAAACAUCUCAUCAUACAUACACCUCCAGUGAAGAAUCUGCCUUCAUUCACUGUAAGUGCAGUUUUCACCCUCAUCACCCCACCCUAUCUGUGAUCUACUCAGCAGGACAACUUUCACCAACAACUAUUUCAGUCCCCAUUCUGUUGUGUUGUUCAUUCUUGCAGCAGACCUUACUGUAAGCUGUAUGCAUUGCAGCACUUUGUAGGGUAAACACAUUCAGCCAUGUCCUCUGGCUGAUGCUCUGCCAUAUUGCUAUAUGAAUCUGCUUUGUAAUACUUUCCAUUCAGCUGCUGUCUAGAACUCUUCAAAAGCUUUCUGGGCCCUGCAACAUGUCUAUUCAAAAGGAAACAAAGCAGGUCUUCUGUUACAGUUACUGCUACACUAUAGGCCAGCCCACUACUUUAUUACCAUGUCUUUAAAGCGAGACUACAAAACUUUUGAAAGGAAAAAACACAUCUUCCUUUUAUAAAUGAAAAGUUAAACUCAUAAGCCAUAAAACACAACCUUGAUGAAUUCAAUACACUCUUGCUGCUACAACCAUUCUUGGUUUGGUAUGACCAUGUAAGCUAAUGUAAGCAAACUUGAUAGAUAUUACUGUGUAACUGACAUUACUGACUCAGUUUGCUGACAUUUUGUCCCUAGUUGUGCAACUGUUACACUCCGUUUUAGGAUUUCACAGAUAAACGUUUCAAGGGUUUUAUGAAAGAUAGAAUAAGAAGAUACACAACAUAUCUCAGCAGGAGACAUGUUUGUGGUUUCCUGCGUGUGAUCCCAUUACACUUAUUCUGACUAUGGACGCAAGCUCAAGAGAGUCAGCCAAGCCGCAACAACAACAAAAAACCCUUAUAGCCCAAAAGCAGUCUCCCCAAAGACCACCAUUAUUAAAGAGACAUCGGUGAAACUAACACUUCCAGAUAAUUUUUCCUGCAUGCUGGGGGAAGCUUGGCACAUUGAAUCAGAGUGGGCCAUGUUCAAAACAUCCAUCCGACUGCUCAGAGUUUUGGCCAGAUGGGCACCUGUGCUUGUUGCAUCAGCACUGGUGGUUGACAGUAGUGGCAAUCAAACUAACAAAGGGGUCCUUUCAUUGCUUGUUUGUCCUGGAGGAUUCCUGAAGCAGCAGGUACAAGGAGGCCAGAUGAGAUGGAUGAGAUUCACCCAAAGAUGCUGAAGACUCUGGACAUUGUGGGGCUGUCUUGGUUGACACACCGACUCAAUAUCAUGUGAGGGUCAGGGACAGUGCCAGGGGACUGGCAGACCAGGGUGGUGAUUACCAUUUUUAAAAAGGAGGGUGUGCGCCAACUAUUAGGGCUAUUAGGGUAUCACAUUGCUUAACCUUCCUGGGAAAACUUCGACCAAGGCACUCUGUCCUGGUCAUGGAACAGUGAACUAACUCUUUACUCUUGCAAGGAUACUGGAGGGGUCAUGGGAGACUGCCCAUCCAGUCUACUUGUGUUUUGUAGAUCUGGACCAGGCUUGUGACUAUUUCCCCUGGGGUACUGUACCUUGUGGCAGAAUGCGGAACUGAGGCCAUUAUUAAGAGCUAUUCAGUCCUUGUAUAACCAGAGUGAGAGCUGUGUCCACAUUCUCAGCAUGAAGUCAAGCUUGUUCUCAGGGGCAUUGGGCUCUGUUAGAUUUAUGCCUUGUCACCAAUUCCCGUUUAUGUAUUUAUUUUUAGGCCCAGCUGAGAUGUGUAGAGUGUCUGUUUGGUUGCCUCGGGAUUGCAUCUCUGCUUUUUGUGGUUGAUGUGGUUCUUGUGGCUUUAUCAGACUGUGACUUCCAGUGUGCACUGGGAUGGUUUGUGGCCAGCUCAGACAUCCAGAUGGACCUCGCAAUAGAGCUGCUGCGCUUUUGUAUUGAAAGGAGUGAGCCAUGGUGGUUUUGGCAACUGAUUUGGAUGCCUUCUGGAUGCCUACCUGUGGAGGUAGUCCAGACCCAUCUAACCGGGAGGAGACCACAGGGAAGACCCAGAAAACGCUGGAGGGCUUACAUAUCCCAACUGGCCUGGUCUUAUGAAUCCUCCAGGAAAAGAUGAAGGAUGUGGUGAGGAAGAAGGACAUAUGGGCUACCUUGCUUUGCCUACCUGACCCAGACCCAGAUCAGCAGGGGAAAUUAGGAAAUGGAUGGAGGAACGUCUGUAAAUCAAUUAAUAGAACAGUUCCAUCUUUAAUAUCUUGGGAAAUGUAGGAGCAAUCAAUGUGUCAUAAUCCUGUAACUGCUGCUUUUGGUCUCAGCGGCCGUUGUUAAUAAAAAAUUAUGCAGUCUUGCUUUAAUUCAAGAUGAUUACUUAGGAUGAAUACAACCUGUUGUGUGUAUUUUACACAUUUUCUGGGGACAGGGACCAUUUGUCUGCACGGAAUUGAAAACAAACUCCCCCAAUUUAAGGGGUAAUGUUGAAUCAUCCCAUUUUUUUUUACAGUAACUUCAGUCAGAAGAGGAAUUAAAAUUACUGUAUUUGAAAAUAAUAUACAUUAAAGAUGCCCCAAGUAAAUUCAAAAUAUCUGACAUUGCAUCAUAUUACAACACUCCAGCACAAAAUUUUCCACAUUCACAAUAACAUUUCCAUGUUUUUUUAGGAGUCGGUGGCUCAUGUUCUACUUGAAGUAUGUGUGACCUCUGUGUCAUGACUCACAAAAUGCUACUAAUACAUGCAUAACUGAUAUGCUGUAUGAAGUGGUGUAUGUUUAUAUUUUAAAAUGCUCCUCACAUGUUACAUUGCAAAGAAAAGACAAACACACUAAGUGUGUUGAAAAGAUGAAGCGGAGCUGGGACUCUGGUUUAACAAUGUACUUAGGACAGUAUUUCCUGAGUAGUGUUGGGCCUAACGAGUCAAAGCCAGCUGAGACAUUUAGGGGAUAACUUCCUCUAUUCAUGUAAGUUUAUUUUACAUUUUUGUGUAACGAGAUGGGAGUUUGUGUGUGUGCCUCUGAAUGAGUCUGUGUGUUAUGUAUGGCAUUUCAGCAAUCUGUGAGCGUAUAGCAAGGAGUCAUGUUACUUCACUCUAGACAAGAGCACACUGACUGUACAUGUUUAGGUUGUGUCUUCACACUUUACACACAGCAACCUCAGUUUCUCUUGUUUAAAUGCCUUAAACUCUUUGAAUGUGUAUGAAUUUAGGUUCAUAUGACGGAUGACAUCCACCCUAGUAUAAUAAAAUAUAUUAUAUUAUAUUAUAUAAAACAAUAUUGUUUUAAUUGCUUUCUGUACAGAGAAGCUGUGAGGUUAUUUUCUUUUUUCUGUUUCCUUUUGAAUACGCAGUGGGGACGUCAUGAGUCAAUGUGUAGAAUUAAUACAACUGUAGAUUGCUAUUUUUAGCAUGUUUCAAAUCUAAACACAUUUUAAAGGUAUUUGGAGCUGCUGGUCAGUCUAUGUACCUUCCUUCUGUAAAAUACAUGUUAUUAUGCCUCUGUGAAAACAGACUUUAUAUAAAUUGCCCUAUGAGUUGAAUUCAUUAUAAGUGAUAUGAAAUAAUGCAGUGAUUUGCAAGACUUGUUGUUGACUGUGCAGUAGCUUGAACAUGGUUUGCUCUUUAGAGCGACUUGAUGUUAGAACAUUUAAUGCAUUUUGAGGUGAAAUGUAAUUUGUACUUUUAAUUCAUGAGACAUUGUACUUCUUAACAUAGUAUUUUAAUUAUAAUUUUAAAUUAAUGUGCCCCUGAGGCAGUUGAGAACAAUACAAGUAAAACUAUAAAAGUUAUUUAUUUAGAAAUUAUAAAUCUGUUGUAUACAAAUUACUUUUUAAAAAAGUAUCCAGAGAAAACUACCAAAGCAAGUCAAAAUGGCGAGAUAUGAUAUGCUACCUCCUUCCAGAGUAUUUCAUCAGCAAGUUGUUCAUUAAAGCACUUUGAUAUCAUUUGAAAGACUAAUAUAAAUAAGAAAUAUAAUGUGUAAGCCCCUGUAAAGUAGCUAUUCUAAUGUUGUCAUAAAAAUUACACUGAUAAAAACCUUUCUCCCACAUGUAUUUUAUUAGUUUCUUACAUGACCUUAAUCUGUGAAUAAUAAUGUACUUAAUGCACUUGGAUUGUCACUAUUGUCACUGACAGCGAUGAAUUGCUGUAAACAUUGGUGAUAGCAGGAGCUCUAUAUGAACUUGGUUAAUUGUAAAAGGAAACAUUGUUAAUUGUUUCUGGUGAAUUUAGCCCAAAAAUACACUGCAACAUAGACAAUAUCAUUUGUUUUGAAACAACAAACCUGCUGACUUUGAGGUAAAACAGUGGAAACUUACUGUAUCAAAGCCUGCUUUUGUACAAAGAGAGAGGGUUAACCGAAGGUGAGAUGGUUUGAGAUAAGUGCAUAUUUGAAUGUUCAAAGAAAAAGGCAUAUAUUUGAAAGAAAUGCCUUAAUGGCUGGACAGUUAUACAGUGGCAUUGUAAAUGUUUUAUACAUGAUGUAAACUGUGUUGCGUGGCUGCCACAGAAAAAGACAGAGGUCAGGAUGACAGCAGAGAGAUACCUGGAAAGGAGAUGUGAGUGAUGUGUUUGCACUUACAAAUUUGAAAGUAAUGAAUAUGAUGAAUGAGUGUAACAUAGACUGAAAAGGCGACAUACAUGUUUGCAAUAAAUUCAAAACACAAGCUA